AUGUGGGGCCAGAUUAACAACCUAACGAAAUUAGUAUCAGAACAAGCCGGGUCGGUAAUCAAAGAGGCUGGUCUUGAUGCGACUUUGGCAAGGGCUUCCUCACCAAUCUGCGGGGUUCAUGAGCUGCAGGAGAGCGCGUCCCUAAUCCAGCUACGAGAAGAGAAUGUAAAGCUACAGCGUCAAGUCCAGAAGCUCCAAGAGACGGCGGCGGACGUGUUGGGGGAGCUGGAGGAUGCCCAGGACGCGCUCGCACGGGAGCAGGCCGCCAAGGUGACGGCGGAGCAGCGGCUGGAGGCCGUACAGAGGGAGCUGGAGCAGCAGAUGCAGAUGCAGAGCGCUACGACUGGGCAGUCGGCGCCGUCGGAGGAGGACGCCCUGGCCGCCAGCGAGGCGGCCGCCAAGGCGAUGGAGGCCAAGGGCCGGCGCCAGUACAGCUUGCUUAUGGCGACCAAACAACAGCUCACUGAAUUGGAGGCCAGCCACACACGUCUGCGGGAGCAGCAUGGGGAGCUGGAGCAGCAGCAGCAGCAGCUGAAGGAGGAACUGGAGACGCUACGGCGGAACCGCGAAGAGAGUGAGAUGCUGGCGGGCGAGCUCCGGCAAGGGGUGGGGACGAGGACGGAGGACGGCGCUAAGUACAUCAGGGGUAGCACGGCAGCGUCUCCAGAGCGUCUUGAUGAGCUGACCGAGCAGGUUGGUGAGCUGCGGGCCCAGUUGCAGCAGCGCGAUGAGCACCUGGCGCAACUGCAGGCGGAGCUGGAUCGGAGGCAGCAGGAGCAGCAGGAUGCGGCUUUUGCGCUUGGGGUCGCUGUGGCGGCUGCCCGGGCAGAGGCCCAGGCGGCGGCAGUGGCGGAGAUGGACGCCGCUGUGGCGGGGCUUCAGGCGCAGCUUGACGCGGCGACGGCGGACCUCAACGAGGCAGAGGCGCGGGCCCAGCAGGCGGCCGCUGAAUCCGGCCGCCUGGCCGCGGAGCUGCAAGUGCAGAGCCAGCAGCAGGAGCAGCAGGUCCAAGCAGCGGAGGCCGCCUCCGCCGCGUUAUCGGCGCAGCUGGCAGAGGCCAAACAGCAGACGGAAGUGUUGACAGCCGAGUUGAAGCAGCUACGAUCAGAGCUUGCACAGCACAAGGCAGUGUUGCAGGAACGCGACGCGGCGCUGGAGCUCGAGCGCCGUCGUGUGGCGGAGGCGGGCCUGGGACGGGUGGAAGCGGAAGGUCGUGCGGCGGAGGUGGCGGGAGAGCUGGAGCGCCUGAAGCAGCGCCUGGCGGCAGACGAAGCGCGUCACCGGCGUGAGUUGGACGAGCUGAACGACAGCUUGGACGAGCUGCGCCGCCAGGCAGACGAGCAGGGCCGCGCUGCAGCUGCAGGUGCCAACGUUGCGCAACAACUGGCGCUGUAUGUGGGGCAGCUUGAGUCGACGGCGGCGCUGUACGAGGCGACCGUCUCAAAGUACGUUCCGUACGCCAAUUUGUUAGAUGAUGUUGAAAAGCAGCUGUCGGCGCUGCAGGGCCAUCGGGACACGGCCUCGGCUACCGUGUCGUCGUCAUCAGCGGCGGCGGCGGUGGUGCUGGCACCGUCAGCGCAUGAUGCAGCACAGGAGCAUAAUAAUGAGCUGUUGCGCCUGAGGGCCGAGAUUGCACAGUUGCGCUCCGGGGCUGAGUUGGCAGCGCAGCUACGGAAGCAGCUGGGCACGCGUGACGGCGAGCUGUACGAUAUACGGCAGCGGGUGCAACUGGCGGAGCAGGAGCGGGCUUCCCUGGAGGAGCGGCUGCAGCGGCUCCAGGGGCAGCUGCGAGAGGCUCGGGAGGCCCGCGAGGCAUGCAGUGUGGAGGCGGAAGAGCAGCGGCGGCGGCUGCAGGCGGACCUGGAUGCGGCGGAGCAACGCGGGCGUGAGCUGGAAGCACGGUUGGCGGCGUCCGCCGCUGCCGCAGCAGCGGCGGCGCAGCGGGUAAUGGACCUGGAGGCUCAUGCGUCCGCCGCCGCCGAAGCGUCGGCUGCUACCGAAGCAGCGCUGAUCGCACGCGCGGAGGCGGCGGAAGCACAGGUGCAGCAGCUCCGAGGCGAGCUGGACACAGCUGUGGCGUCCCUCGCCACUGCCGGUGAGGACGCUGCGGGUCGCUGCUUGCGGCUGUCGCAGGAGCAGACUCGCCUAGAUCAGCAGCUGGCGGAGGUCUCGGGCGCUCUGCUGGAGGCACAGGCGCGCUUAGAGGCGCUGGAGGAUGAAAAAGCCCGUCUGGAAGCAGAAGUGACCCACGGGUCAGAAGCGUUAAAGGAAGCGCAGGCACAGGCAGACGCACUGGAAAAGGGCCAGGUUGCGCAGCAGCAGCAGCAGCUUAGUGAGAGCGGCGAGACAUCCCAGGCGGCAGCGGCGGCACUGGCGGCGGCGCAAAGCAGUGAGAAGCUGCUCAAAGCUCGGGUAUCUGAGCUGGAGCAGCAGCUUGCGAAAGGGUCCCAGGCGCUGCAGGUUUCGGAGCGUGCUCUAGCUCAGUCCAAGAAGGAGCUGCACGACGCGCUGUCCGAGCUGGCCGCGUCCAGGAACCACGUGGCUGCUGUUGAGGCCAAGGUGGAGAGGCUCGCUCACGAGGUGGCGGACAAGACCGCCGCAUUGGAGGCGAUACGGACGGGCUCAAAAGCGGAGGUGGCCCUGGCGGCGCAGCGGCUGGCGGCAGCUACAUCCCGCACGACAGAGCUGGAGGCGGCGCUCGCAGCGGCCGCCGCGCAGCACGAUGAGGCGGUGUCGGCGCUGCAGCACAAGUUGACGGCGAUGGAGAAGGAGGCGGUGUCGGCGCGGACCGCCGCGCGCCAGCUUGAGCAGCAGGCAGGCAGGGUGGUGUCGGUGCUCCGGGACAGUCUGACUGCGGAGCGUGAUGCCGCUGCGGCCACCGCGGCCGUGGUCCGAUCUGAGGUGGAGGCCAGGGCAGCGACGGAGGUGGCGGCGGCAACUGCGGCGCUCGCCAAGCAGUGGCAGACUCGACUGGAGGAGGCGGCGGGCCGUCAUGCGGCGGCCUUGCAAGAGACCCAGCAUGAGCUGGAGAUCGUCAGGCAGAGGGCGCAGGCGGCGGAGGAGGAGCUGGCGGUGCUGCAGGCCGCCAGUGGCGACAUGGAGCGGCUACGGAAAAAGGUGGCGGACUUUGGCCCCCUCACGGCCCGGCUGGAGGCGGACAAAGCGGCGGCGCGCCAGGCAGCUGCCGAGGCGCAGGCGGCGCAGCAGCAGCUGGAGGAACGUGUCAGGGCUAUGGAGGCCGAGGCGGCCGAACGUAACCGCAAGUUCCAGGUGCUGCAGCGCAGCUUCAAGGGCGAGCUGGAGUCGGCGCGGCAGCAGCUGGAGGCGGUGCAGGCGCAGAUCGCCUCGCACGUGGCGGCGGCGGCGGCAGCGGAGCACCGGGCGGAGGAGGAGGCGGCGAGGUGCCAGGCGGUGGAGGCGGAGCGGGCAACACUGCAGCAGCAGCUGGAGGACGCGCGUGCGGCGGCGGUGCGGUUGGAAGGGUCGCUGUCGGUGCAGGUUGCGGCGGCGGCGGAGGCGGCGGGCAAGCUGGCGGCGGUUGAGGCGAUGCUGACGGAGGAGCGAGCGGGCCAGGCAGCUGCUAACCGGGACGGGGAGUCUCUGCGACAGGACUUUGAGCGCAUGGUGGCGGCGGCUGUGGCGGCUCGCGAGGAGGAGGCUGAGCGGAGGGUGGCGGCCGCACUGGCGCGGGAGCAGGCCGCGACCUCAGAGGCCCGCCAGGCGGAGGCGCGCGCGGAGGCGGCUGAGCUGGCCAAGAUCGAGCUGACGUUGGCUCUGGCGAGAGUGGAUGACGAGGGUCGUACAUCCGGGGGGCCGAUGGUGGCUGGCGCCGCCAUGGGGGUCCUGCGGCCGUCGGUAUCUUCUCGCGACCGCGUGGGCAGCCUCGUAGGUGCCCGUUCCGGCGAGUACGGCACCCGGGGAGACGGCGUCCCGGGUGACGGCGACGCCGCUGACGGGGUCUCUGGCGACACCCUCUUCGCCGCCUCCCCGACCACCUCGGGGGCUCUGUCGCGGGAGGACCGCCGUCUGGCUGCCCGGCAUUCGGGUAUGCUUGCGGAGAUGCAGCAGCGGGUGGAUGAGGCGGAGCUGGCGGCUGCCGUGCAGACGCGGCGUGCCGUGGGUUUGGAGGAGGAGGUCUCCCGGUUACAACAGCAGCUGUCCGAGAGCCAGCUGCAGGUGAAGGAGCUCAGCUGGCAAAUCUCCGUAGCCGUUGGGGGGGUGCCCGCCGCCAGCGGCGGUCUGCGGGGCCCUCGCGGCGGCGGCAGCAGCGCUGCUGCAGCCUCCUCCUCCUCCGCCAGCACCGGAAUGGGCAUGUUGGACAUUUUGGGCUGUGGCGCAAACUACCGUCGGAACUGA